GCGCUUUAGCCAAUGAAGAGGGGAAUACAGAAGCUGCGGGGGAAGGAGGCCUGUCACUCACGCCCCCGCUCCUCCAAUCCAGCCUCUCAGCCGGGGGGAGGGGAGGGGCUUCAGCGGGCCGUGGGCGGGUCCGCGCGCUUGAGGCUGAGCUGCAGCGUGGGAAAGCAUUUCAGAGAUCUACUCGGUUUGCUGGCGCCGGCUGGGGUGGGAUAGGCGGCUUAGUCCAGAGGCUGCCCCAAAAGGAAAGCGAAAACCCCCUUGGUUCUUGUUAUUUUUCUUCUGAUUUGGAAGCUGGACUGUCUCCUUCGGCUACAAUGAAGCGGCCUUGCGAGGAAACUACCUCAGACAGCGAUAUGGACGAAACUAUAGACGUGGGGAGUGAAAAUAAUUACUCUGGGCAUAGUGCCAGUUCUGUGAUCCGAUCAAAUUCUCCUACGACUACAUCUCAGAUUAUGGCCAGGAAAAAAAGAAGAGGGAUUAUAGAGAAAAGGCGCCGGGAUCGUAUAAAUAACAGCUUAUCCGAAUUGAGACGGCUUGUGCCAACGGCUUUUGAAAAACAAGGAUCUGCCAAAUUAGAAAAAGCAGAAAUUCUGCAAAUGACAGUGGAUCAUUUGAAGAUGCUCCAGGCAACUGGCGGCAAAGGUUAUUUUGAUGUUCACACCCUUGCCAUGGAUUUCAUUAGCAUUGGGUUUCGAGAGUGUUUAACUGAAGUUGCAAGAUACCUGAGCUCUGUGGAAGGUCUGGAUACAUCUGACCCUCUAAGAGUUCGACUAGUUUCUCAUCUUAGCUCAUGUGCUUCUCAGCGAGAAGCUGCUGCAAUGACCUCAUCUAUGGCAAAUCACCACCAUCCUUUGCAUCCUCACCACUGGGCAGCAGCCUUCCACCAUCUCCCUACAGCUUUAUUACAACAGAAUGGACUACAUUCCUCUGACAUCUCCCCUUGCAGACUCUCAACAGCAUCAGAACUGCCUCCGCAUGGAUCUGCUCUACUCACAGCCACUUUUGCUCAUGCUGAUUCCACGCUUAGAGUGCCCUCUGCUGGCAGUGUCGCUCCCUGCGUCCCACCACUUUCUACCUCUCUUCUUUCGCUCUCAGCCACUGUACAUGCUGCCGCUGCAGCAGCUGCCCAGAGUUUCCCCUUGUCCUUCGCUGGGGCAUUCCCAAUGCUUCCACCUAAUGCAGCAGCAGCAGUGGCUGCUGCAACAGCAAUCAGCCCACCAUUGUCUAUAUCGGCAACUUCCAGCCCUCAGCAAGUCAGUGGUAAUGGAAACAGUAAACCCUACCGGCCCUGGGGAACUGAAGUUGGAGCAUUCUAGAUCCUCCAUUCACAAGCCUUCCUGGGACCUACUUUGCUGUUACAAGAGCUAGAUCUUCACACAAAGUGUAGACAAAAGGUUAACAGGUCAAGGAGCCUUAUGGAUUCCCAAAAGCCAGAUGCAAAACUGUUGUGCCUUAAGAUGUCAAAAUGGACCUGAGGUAUUGCUUCUCUGUCUGCAUCAGGCAGUAUACGGACAACAGUGAUCUUCCAGUGACUCCCACAUCACCUUGUAGAAAUUUAUAAAUUGAGAAAUUUAUAAACUGUAGAAUUAAUCAUCUUGCCACACGGUUGUAUUUGUCAAGGGCAUGAUGACUUAUAUCUUUAAAAAUCCUUUCUGAAAAAUGAACACAAAGUUCAAAAUGCAUAAGUGCCUGAUCUCUUCCAAAUGUGUGGUAUGUGCUUGUGUGCAUGUGCUUUCCUCUCUAAGGCAAAUAAUAUUGUAGAGGUAUGAAAAGGAUACUGGAGGGAAGAGCAGAGUUUCAAAAUCAUGUGACAAGAUCCAGAAAAGAAUCCAGUUGGUGAACUGUAUGCAUGUGGAAGCUGCAGUCCUUUGGCAUCAGUAGGAUUUAAGCAAAUUCACUGUGUGCAGGAUUGCAAAUGCAAUAACCAAACGGAGGGUUGCCUACUUUAAUUUUACCUAGUGUACUUUCUUUGUGCAGGCUUCUCAAAUGGUGACAUGCAGUGACAAAAGCACCAAUCUUUCCAGGUUGGUUAACAUACUGAAAGCCUCAUGGUGCUCUUUAAACAAGCUUUCUAUAAUUAUAUCCAAGUCAGUGUAAACACCAGGAUAGUUGUUCUGUGCCAACAGAAUGUAGUUAGGCAUAUUCAUGGUUGGCUUGUUGAGUUCCUUUUGGAGAGGCUAAAAGGCAGCAUCUUCUUGACAGAAUGCAAUUUUUCCCCUCUGUUGGGAAUCAUUUUUUUCCUGGGCAUGACUGAGUAGUUAGUGUGGGCAAGAGGAUCCUUUUAGUUGGCUUUUUCCACUGCCUGUGUUUUCAUAUGGGUUCUAUUCUCAACCCAAAUGAACAUGUUAAGAAGAUGUAAGCCAGGCAAACAGUGCUGCAAAACAAGUUCUGCUUCUUAAAAAUUACAGCAACGUGAAAUAACCUAAGUCUUUUAAUUCAUUGAUUCAAGAGCUAAAGAGUUUAUGUUGGGGAAGUUAAAUAAAAGCACAGCAUGUAUUAUUAUGCACUUCAUUUCUCUGCUGUGUGGAGAAAGCAAUAAACAUUGAGAAUGUUAAACAUUAUGCAAAAUAUACUUUUAAACUAUUUGUUUUAAAAAUACUGUUCCUAGUUGGGGGGGGGAAUUGUGCAUUAUUUUGUUAACCAUUUUUCUAUGCAAAAGUCUUUACAUAUCACUAAUUAAAUGAAGUCCUUUUUGA